AAGACGACAAGUCGAAUACAAUCGGUGAUGUGUAUGUGAAAAAAGCAUAACGCUUAUUUUAGAGGAUUUCAUUGAAAACAAUUCGCUAUGACUACGACAGUUGAUGCUAAAGAAUAUCUUUCACAAAGGGAUAUUCCUCAAUUAUUUGAGUGUCUAAUGACUGGUCUAAUGUAUAAUAGACCGCAAGAUCAUAUAGACUAUCUACUCGAAUGUUUGCAAAAAGCAAAAAAAAUUGGAAUAGAACAACUAAAAUGGAACAUUUUCAUUGAACAUCAACGUCGGUCGGCAAGACGUGUUUUGCCGCCAAUCGGAUCAGUCACACCGCAAAAUGAUUUUAGGUCCCGUGAUCCAAGUUUUAUAACUGAAUCCAGCAAUAUGGUAAAGUCCACCGUACUUCCUCCAAUAAGCGAUAAAAUACCUAAUUGCCCCAUAGUUUUUAUUUGUGGAGCCCCAGGGAGUAACAAAGGCGAAUAUUCAAACAUGCUACUCGAACGCUACUCAGGAUGGAUUCGCAUUUCGGUUGGGGAAUUAAUUAGAGAGAAUAUUAAAAACUUUGCUGACGAGAAUGACGAAUGGAAGAGGGCAAAAACAUUAGUACAGGAAGGUGAAUUAGCACCUCAGGGUUUAGUAAUGCAAACAUUGAAAGAUACUCUCUCUCAAAAUAUGGAUGCAAAAGGAAUAUUAAUCGAAGGCUAUCCAAGAACUAUAGAACAGAUUGAAGAAUAUGACAAAAAUAUUGGUAGAGUUGAUGCAAUCUUCCUUCUGGAUUUUGAAGAAACUUUCCUGAGAGAUGCACUGAAAAAAAGACAUGAAGAUUCCAGUAGAAUAGAUAAUAAUGAAAAUACUGGAUUGAAAAAAUUAAGUGUUUUUAUGGGAAAUACUUUAGUGGUAUUGAAACAUUACGAUGAUCAAAAUAAACUUAUUGUGAUUGAAUGCGAUUGUGAUCGAGAAAAAGAUGCCAUACUUAAUGAUUUAGCAGUAAACUUUGAUUCAAGUAUUAUCGCAUCAGGUUCACAUGUGCCUCACCCACCAGCAAUUCCCAAAGAUGUAGAAAGUUCAACAUCAAAUAUUGAAAGUAAAGAAGAACGACCACAAUCGGACUUUAAACUUCCUGCAGUUAUUACAACAGUAGAUACAGGGAGGACAAAGGAUCUGCCUCAAUGUCCCAUUAUAAUUGUUUUAGGUGGUCCUGGAAGUGGAAUAAAACAGUUAUGUGAACGUCUUAUAAGUAACCAUCCGUCAAUUAGUCUUGUGAAUAUGGGAGAAUUAAUCCGCUCAGAAAUACAAGUUCAUUCUGAGAUAAAGUGGAUCGAUGAAGCAGAUAAAGUUAAAAGCGGCCAAUUAAUCUCCGAUGAAACUGCCUUUGAUUUGUUAUCUAACCGUCUAAAAGAACUUAAAGAUUCACAAUUAAUUCUUAUAGUGGGUUUUCCACGGAAUGAGAAGCAAAUUGAUGACCUAAAUGUCAAAAUCGGUGGUAUAAAACACGUUAUUCUUGUCGAUAUUGAUGAAAAAACAAUGAGAGACAACUUAGAAAAGAAUUGUGAAACAAAUGAAGAGAAGGAGAUUGCAAAUCGCAGGAUAAAUAUAUUCAAGCACCAAACAUUACCAAUUUUACCUUAUUUAGACGACUGUGGGAAAUUGACUGUUAUUGACGGAUUGAAUUCAUCCUCGGACCAAAUUUUCUCAGAUGUGCAAACAGUAUUUAACAACGUUACAGCAAUAAAUCCAUCAGAAACAGAAAAAAGCGAUACAGAUUCCAUCUCUGGUGGGAAAACAUCUAAGGAAGAAUCUUUAAUCAAGAAGGAGACUAAAGAUAAAACUGGCGAUAAUAUUGCUAAUCCAAUUUAUAGCGCAGAGCUUGACAACAUACCUGUAGAGCAGAAUAUUAAAAAAGAAGUUGAAUCAAAGUUAGGUGACAAAGGCAACACAGACUAUACCAAAGAAUUGAAUGAAUUAUCAUUAAAAGAAGCAGAACCACCAAAGGAAAUAGAAGCAAAUGUUUAUUUCGUACUUGGUGGUCCCGGAAGUGGUAAGGGAACCCAAUGUGACAAAUUAGUCGAAAAAUAUGGUUUUUGUCAUUUAUCAUCUGGUGAUUUAUUAAGGAGCGAAGUCAAAUCUGGUUCGCAAAGAGGUGAAGAACUAACUCAAAUAAUGGAAAGGGGUGAACUUGUCUCUCUUGAUAUUGUCUUGCAGUUGAUAGGAGAGGCAAUGCGUAAAGCUGAAAAUCCCAAAGGUUUUCUUAUUGAUGGUUAUCCCAGAGAACUCGAUCAAGGUUUACGUUUUGAGAAAGAAAUCAAAGAAGUGAAGAAUGUUAUUUAUUUUAAUGUUAAUGAUGACAUUAUGGUACAAAGGCUAUUGAAGAGGGGUGAAACGAGCGGUAGAGUUGAUGACAACGAGGAGACUAUAAAGAAAAGAUUGAACACCUUUCACCAAUUAACGCAACCUACCAUUGAUCAUUACGCAAAACAAGGGAAGACCUUGGAAGUUAAAGCUGACGGAACUGUUGAUGAAAUAUUCGCUGAAGUCUGCAAGUUUUUCGAUCAACAGUAG